AUGGCUGAACUUAAUAAUAAUUUUAUUUUACUGUUCAGGGGUUUGCCGGAAUAUGGUGACCAUUCAACCGAGGUCUACGUGCAAACAUACCGACCAUCGGCGGUACUCAAGAUCAAUUACGACUAUUCCAAUAGACCGUCCAACUUCACGACACCACCAUCCUCACAAGAAGUUCAGUUGUUGACUGAUGUUAGAGAUUUUCAGGUCGUCAAGGAGUUUCUUGUCGGAACUGUCAACAAGGACAUAUACGUGGCUGACGCAACAGAGCACCAGCUCUUUGUCGUAGUUGUCUUGAGUUCAACGAACAGCACGAAUUUGUUUAUAUCAGACAGUUCCGGCUUGUACUAUACGCUCUCGCUCAAUAACAUAUUUUUCUACAGCCCGCAUGGAAUGUACAACAACACCUGGCUGAGAUUCUAUGCAACUAAGCCUCUUGCGGAGUUGUACAGAGUUGAUGGGUUGAACGGCGUGUACAUAGCAACAACAAUCAUCAACACCUCCCUGCCAUUGAGACCGUAUGCAGACAACAACCAACAAACAUUCAUUACAUUUAACAAGGGUGUGGAUUGGAAGUCCAUCAGAGCACCUUAUGAACGGCCUGUCUGCACAAAUUCCACAGGAUGUAACAUUACAGUUCACCUCGCACAAAUGUACAACUCUCUUAUGCCAUUGGCUCGCACACAACCAAUCCUGUCAAGCAAAUCAGCUCCUGGCAUUCUCAUUGGUUCAGGCAACGUGGGUGCUUCUCUCACCGGUAAUUAUGACGUGUUCCUGUCCAAUGAUGGCGGCCUUGUGUGGAGAAGGGUUCUGAAUGGGACCUUUUACUUUACAAUGGGUGACCACGGUGGCAUCAUUGUGGCUGUCAAAAUGCAAGAGCCUACGAAUUAUAUUGUAUAUUCGCUCAAUGAAGGAGCUUCGUGGUCUUUUUUUGAGUUCUCUUCUACGAGAAUAAACGUGUACGCGUUGACCACCGAACCAGGUGAGGAAACCGGUGUGUUCACAAUUUUUGGAUCUAACAGCCAGCACUUGAGUUGGGUGAUUAUUCAGGUGAACCUCUCAUCGGCGUUCAACAGAACGUGUGUUGACAGCGACUACUACAGCUGGAAUCCCACGGAUGAUCCCAACAUCGACUGCCUGCUCGGGAAGAAGAUGAUUUAUCAAAGACGAAAGUCGCUCUCCCUGUGCUACAAUGGAAGGAACUAUGAUCGAGCUAUCAACGUUCAGAAUUGUCCCUGUAAAAUCAGCGAUUAUGAAUGUGAUUAUGGUUAUACAAGAAACAAAACAACGCAGUUAUGCGAGCUGAGAAGUUUUGAAUGGAGCAGCUUUGUUUGUGCGUUUGGGUAUGACCUGUCAUACAAUCGUUCCAAAGGAUAUAAAAGAAUACCAUCAGAUACGUGUGAAGGUGGUAUGCAAAAUGUCUUCGAUCCAGUUCUCACUAAUUGUCCAGUCACCUCGAACGGUGAAUUCAUUAUGUUUUCCAACAUGUCUGCCGUAUUUCGGUACUCGUAUGCCAGGCGGUCCGUGGUGAAGAUUCAUUUGAGCAGUGUACAACAGAACAUACUGUCUAUCGCGUACGAUUAUCAAAAUGAUUGUCUGUUCUUUGCCGAUACUCAUUAUGACAACAUUCAGAUGAUAUGCUUGAGAGGAGAAAAGUCACGAUUGGACCAGCGUGUUUUAAUGACUCAGCAGAUGGAUCGCAUCGAAUCCAUGUCUUAUAAUUGGGUCACUAAAAUGCUGUUCUGGCUGGAUGCUGGAAACAAAAGGAUUGAGUGCAUGAAAGUGAGUAAUCAGAAGAGAAGGGUUGUGAUCAGUCGUUUGCUGCAACCAAAAUCUCUGGUUUUACAUCCUAAGAAGGGUUACAUGUUCUGGUCUGAUUGGACCGCAGUAUCUCCAGGCAUCUUUCGGUCAAGCAUAGCGGGGUCGGACAUGAAAAUGAUUGUUGACAAGUCAAAGGCAAACAUCAAAUGGCCUUCUGGAUUGACCAUCGAUUACUCAUCCAGCAGGUUGUAUUUUGUUGAUGGAUCCACAAAUUCAAUUUUGUACUGCGACUUCGAUGGCGUCCUCUGUUUGACACUCCUUCAAAGUUCAACUUGGCUUUCUCAUCCAUUUUCUGCCCACAUUUAUAAGAACACAAUUGUGUGGGCAGACCUGCAGAGCAACUACAUAUAUUCGAUGAACAAAAAUGAUGGAACAUCACCGGUGCGUUUGUUGCAAGGCUAUUCGAACGUUGUCAAUUUAUUGGCGCUUAAUACGCAGUCACAGACAGACACUUCCAGUUGCUCAUCUCAAUCAGCUUGUCGUGAUGCAAAUGCACUCUGCUUCGAGACUUCAAACACGACAUACGAAUGCAGAUGCAGCAUUGAAUUCAUCGAAUCAUCUCCGCCACUGAACACCGUUUGUGGUUGUCCUUCUGGCACACAACUGAUCAACCAAUCCUGUGUGGCAACUGAUUUUUUUGCAAUUGACAAGAAUCAUGAAUUUGAAUUUGCAGCAAAUCACGAUUGCCCGAAUGAAUUCACUUGCCCACUGACCAGGAGAUGCAUUCCAUUGUCGUACGUCUGUGAUCACGACAACGACUGUGGCGAUAUGAGUGACGAAAUGAAUUGCUCCUUUUCAUGCACUUCGAGCCAGUUUCAAUGUUCAAAUGGGAGGUGCAUAUCGAGCAGGUGGCUGUGCGAUGGCGAUGAUGACUGCCAGGACAUGUCCGAUGAACUGCCCACCAACUGCCAUUUGAAAGAUACGAACUGUACAUCGACGCAGUUCAGAUGUGAUUCAGGCAGAUGCAUUAGUUCAUCAUUCAAAUGUGACUUCGAUGAUGAUUGCCAUGAUGGUAGCGAUGAAAGGGACUGCACCUAUUUAGCAACCACUCCAUCCACUUUGAAAUGCCAAUCUACCGAAUUUCAAUGCCAAACAAUCUUUCGGUGCAUUCCAAGCCGUUGGAGAUGUGAUGGGGACAGCGAUUGUAGUGACGGUAGUGACGAGGAGAACUGCCAAUUUGUCAACUGCUCAGCACCGAUGUUUCGUUGUGAUAGUGCAAGCAAAUGCCUGAGGCCCUGGAAAAAAUGUGAUGGAAUGCUAGAUUGCAACGAUGGUACUGAUGAGCUAGGUUGCACAGCCGUAACAACUGUGAGACCAUUCACGCCAAGCAGCACUCCUUUCUCCUGUAAUCUUGGAUUCGAAUGCAAAAAUAUCCGUCAAUGCAUCUUUUGGUCACAAGUUUGUAAUGGAGUCAAUGACUGCUUGGAUCGAACUGAUGAAAUCAAUUGUGAGAACUGUCAGCCGCCAUCAAGGUUCAGAUGCAGGAACGGGGGUUGCGUUUCUUCCAGUCUUAAGUGCAAUUUCAUCGAUGACUGUGGUGACAAUUCAGAUGAACAGGAUUGUGAUGUGGCAACAAAGCCUCCGACAUGCCCACCGAUGUCGAUCAGAUGUGAAGGCUCAGUGCUGCAGUGUGUGACAGAAUCUUCUAUAUGUGAUGGAGUGAUGGAUUGCUUGCAUGGCGACGAUGAAGACGGCUGCACGAAUGCCUCCACGAAUUGUUUGAAUGGCUACUUUUCCUGCUUAUUCAUACGAAUGUGCAUCAACGCAUCGAAGGUAUGUGACGGCAAGGAAGACUGCCUAGAUGCAUCAGAUGAACUCAACUGCAAGGAUGCCAAAGUACCAGAGAAAAUCAACUGCACGUCGAGUUACUUCAGCUGCGAGCACGGUGGAUGUGUGAGGCUGUCGAAUGUUUGCGACGAGAAGUGGGACUGCGUGGAUGGCUCGGACGAGGACAACUGCUUGCACAACUGGAGAGAUUACACACCAACUUGGCAGAUCACGAACUCAACAUUCUGCAGUGUAACAUUUGAAGUGAGCAAGAUCAGUAAUGUGACAGUAUCCCCUUCGUCACCCGUCCUCAUUACUGCAACUGUUGGUACAACAGAUUGGUCUGACUAUCAAGCGAACAUCACCUCGGUGAAGUCUCUGCCAGCAUCACUGGUCUUCAACAAACUCCGUCCACAAACCAGGUACAUCCUCACCUUGAACAUCCUUCUCAACCGCAUGAAGUCCCAUCCUUCCGUCAUUGAGUUCAUCACGCCAGAUGAAUCUGCCUUCUCAGCUCCAACCAACUUGACUUACAAAAUUUUGAGCACAGUUUUUGAUGACAUGUUGUUAAGGUUAUCGUGGAACCAGCCGAUGAAAGACGAAAUUCCUUAUGUUAUUCAAUACAGGGUUGACUACGUGGAUAUAACAACGAAUCAACUCAUAAACUCUCAAACCAGAAGCAGCCAGUUCACCACGAACACCUGGUUCGAAUUCACGACUGACCACCUCAUCUACGGACAUAAAUAUAAAUUUCAGGUUUAUUCUCGCCACACACAGUGGAGUGUGGGGUCGAGAGCAAUUGAGAUUCAGUUCGGAACCAAGUGUUUUCAUCUUCAAGAAACUUCAUCAUCAUCACCAGCAACAACUUCAUCGACGUUCAGUUUUGACUUGCAACAUUCAUUACCAAUGUACGCCCAAUCGUAUUUGUUCUGGUGGAGUUACGACGACAAUGUCAAGGCUUACAUACAUAAGGUGAAAAUCACUAGAGAGAGCGACGAUGACAAUAGCGGUGUUGAUGAUCUCUGGAGACAUGGCGACAGUGGGGAUGUUGCAUUGAAAUCUUUCUACGAAAGAGAUGUAUCACAUAACGUAGGAGUACGAUGGGAUCUAACUGGAUUGAGUCCCGCAAGCAAAUACUUGGUAGAAGUUUCCAUUGAAGAAGAAGACACCGCGAUGAUUCUUCCGUGUCUCAACAAAAAUUUCAUCAUCAACACUGCACUGGCAAAAGAUGCCAGUAUGAUGGAGCCCUUGAUGUUCAGUGUGGCCCAACAGGGAGAUGGCAGGACUUACUUGACUAUUUUGUCAGACCUGGGACAAAUGACGUCACACUUUGAUGAAGUUGAAAUCAAGAUCUACUAUUUUGUUAUAUCCACUGCGCAACUAAAGACAUUUUACGAGGUUGUUGAUCUCAGCCACAACAAUGAUAACAAGCAUGACAACGUGUCACUGCGGUUGGAUGUGGUUCCAAAGUGUGAGAUGGUUUGCUACAGGAUGAGACUCGUGUGGCCUUUCAGAAACAAACUGUCCAAGGUUCUUUGCUAUAAUGCCCCCGACGACUCGGAUCCAUUGAGUCCACCGAAGCACGUGCGAGUUCUGACGAGCAAGUUGAACCCCGACAGAACAUUCGUCACCGUCAGCAUUGCCUGGAAACCACCCUGCAUGCCAUCACCCAUGAACUAUCUGAUAAUGGUUGACGAGAUGGAAGUGGAUACAUCUCAACUGAUGCACGUGAACUUCUCCUCUGGAAUUGCUUACAGAGAUGAUAAAGGUCUUUCUGAGUUGAACUUUGAACUCGGCGGCUUGAAACGAGGGUCCACUUACGGAAUUAGCGUUAGAAGGGACAAGCCGGUUGGCAGGUUGUCCGAGAGAGUUACUUAUUUGGCGGCCCCACUGAACCUCUCCUGCGAACAGAUUGACAGCGAGGAAGUCUUCUUCAUCCUCCGCUGGAACGAACCCAUCCACGACCUUCCAAACUCAUAUGUCGGUAUUUCCUUGAUGUACGAGAUCUUCUACUCUCCAACGUACAGACUCCUCGGCGAUCUGAGCAUCUUCACACUGAUGGCUACCACGUCGAAAACAUUUCACACAAUUAAAAAGGAAAAUAUGAAACUGGACAACUCUUUUAAAGUGCGAAUAACAACAGCAGAUCUCCAGCACAAAAGCAACUUUUCAGAAAUUGUGACCGUUCACGUUCAGGGCAAUUCAAAUGGUCCGAAGUCAUCCAGCUCAACAUCAUCCAGUAGAAGCAACCUGGCUUUCUACAUCAGCAUCCCUCUGGUCGCCAUCACCCUCCUCCUGCUCACCUCACUCAUCAUCUACGCAUGCAAGUACAAGAGGCUGAGGAACUCGUUCAAUCAGUUCACCAGGAGCAGAUACAAUUCGGAAACAAACACUGCCAUCCUCAGUGAUCUGGGUAAAUGUUUCUCACUGCAUUUUUCAAUUAGCGCACUGAACCAGUUUGCAAUAGUUAUUUUUAUCAAAUUUACAUUGCCUAAAAUGAUUUUUCUCGUUGCGUGUGUUCCUCUAUAG